UUCGGUCUUCACAAAUACUUUUAAAAAAAGUGUUGAUGCUUUCUAUAGUAAAUUACAACCAAACAGAAAUUUUGGACAUUUUAUUUGCGUGUAGUGAGUUUAAUAUCACAUAAAUGACAACAAAAGACCUCAGGAUUUUAACAAUCGGAACCUGGAAAGCAUAAAAUAAAUAAUAGUGUACAGAUGGAAGCGUUUCGUCCUCGAGAAAAACUUACAAUCUGCAUAAUCAGCUGUCAGUGAGAUAGAUCAUCUGUCCCUGUAAAUAUUAAAGCUAAAACAAUCAUAACACGUUUUAGUUAAACGAGUGUAAAUAAUGAGGUAAACGGCCCCGCUAAGAUGUGACUUCGAUCGCGUGGUGGAUCGCCGCAACCCGAGAACAGAAAUGGGAUAAUAACCUAAGAGCCUCGGCCGAGCCAUGGCUGGUCUCCCGUGAGGUCACGCGUCCGUUCGAGGGCAGGUAGCGCGCACAUCAUGUCCGGCGACUUCCCGUUCGCGACGAAGAUCGUGAGUCCCGUGAAGUGCAACGAGAAGCCAUGGGACCUCUGGGUGAGCGAGAUCGGGCACUCGUCGCCGCGGCGCGACGAGCCCGCCGCCGAGGCCAAGGCGGCGCCCGCGCGGCCGCAGCCCUACAAGUCCGGCCCGCGCUACCGCCGCGCCGGCCUGCACCGGCUGCGCCACGACUCCAUGAGUCUCCACGGCCUCUUCCCGCAAAUGGACAAUCUCAACGCGGCCAUUUGCCACAUGUGCGGAGUGGUAGUGAAGUGCAGUGCGGCUUACAGACACUUACUGGAGUCCCACACGGGCUCCGAACCCAUCCUCCCACCUCCACCUCCCGCUCCCACAGUCAAGCUCAAAAGUGGUCACAGUCGGAGUCGACAUAAAAAAGAACUGCCUCCACCCCCUCCCCCCGUAGACAUCCUGCCUGUCCCCAUGGAGACAUCGCCUCUUUACACAGCUACGACUCCUCUUUCAAGGAUAGUGAUACCGCAGCCCGAUUUGCAAUACUUAGAAGAGCCGGGGACUUCAUCAGCGGUCAGUGGAGAAGUCCAAGUGUGUGUGGAGACGGGGGAGCUGCCGGUGGUUAGUAUACAAGAUACGGAGGAUUUGCCUCUCGGUGAGAACAUCACCGAUGAUAUAGUGGAUAUUAUGAACUCUGAAGGCAUACAGAGCGCGGACGACAUCACAAAUGCGGCAGACUGGAAGAAUAUAAUUAGAGAUAUAGGGAAGAUGCAAGAUCUCAACUUUCCUCAAACCACCGAUACGGUACAAACGGACCUGUUCGCGCCCGUGGACGGGGCCCUCGCUUACCACACCAUGACUGACACAGACUUAAGUAGUUUACAAUUCGCAUCGAACACCUCACCCAUGCUCGCGUCCGUGAUAGACACGGGCGUGCUCAACGCUCAAGCUUUAAAACCGGCGCCCGCCACGCCGACGAGUAAGGCGCGGCCGAAGGCGAAGUCGAAGUUUAAUCUCCGGGAGUACGACCCCAACAAGCACUGCGGAGUCGUCACCGCCGACAACCCUAAGCCGUGCACGCGGUCUCUGACGUGUAAAGCGCACGCCCUGUCGCUACGGCGGACUGUCGAAGGGCGAAUCAAACCGUUUGACACGUUAUUGGCCGAGCAUCGAGCGGCGAGAGACGCGGGGCAGCACGCGAGCGCGGCGGCGGCGGCGGCUGCGGCUGCCGCGGCCGCCGCGCCCGCACCUCCCGCGCCGCUCCUCACGCCGCUACUGGUCAACGCUUCGUUGGAUCUCAGCGCAUUCAACGGCCUCACGCCCGAGCAGCAAGUGAACGACAUCUACGCGAGUCUCGUCAGCCUGGAGGAGUCGCACGGCGUCCUGCCCGACACGUCGGCCAUCGCGCCGCUGCUGAGUCAGGCGCUGCCGCUGCCGACGGAGCCGUUCCUGCUGCCCGACGACGCGGAGAUCCCUCUGGAGGUGCCGGCGGUGUCACCUGUGCUGCCGCCUGUGGUCCCCAAGGUCGAGAAGGCGGAGCGCGCGGAGGAGGCGCCACCCCCGCUGGUGCCGGGCGACGUGUGCUGGUACUCGACGUGUCCGCGGCCGCUGGCGCUGUGCACGUUCAACGCCUCCCACGCCGGCGGCGCCAUCACCCUAGGCAAGAAAUUCGCGACGGUCCGGAGUAACAUAAAGUCUUCGCUCUCUCGUUCACAGUGCAAAACCGGCGCGACGAACAAUUACUAUUAUAAUCAGAACGCUCUGUCGUUGUCUAAAACUGUACAUAUGAAUAAUGCUAGUAAAACUAAUAAGCCCGAACUGCGAAAGCUGAUAGUGACGUGUAGUGGGGGCGGGAAAGUGCAGCAGACUCUGAGCGAGCUGUUCGGGGGGGAUGUGAGGCAUGUGAACGGGCACGUGGGGCACAGUGGCGCGCAGGGGCACAAGCGCGCGCCGCUCAAGCACGGCAAGCGUGCCCCGGCCCUAGAUCUAGGCUUCGGGCUCGACCCGCUGCUCGACGAGAAGUGCUGAGCACCUAUAAGCAAUCACCGGUUGUGUAGUCACAUAUGUGUAUUUAUUUUUCUGUACGAUCACGAUGUAAAAUAAUGAACACGAAUACCCGCAGAUAAUGUUAUGAUAAUGUUAAAUCUCAUUUGGUUUCAAGAAACGAACUAAUGUUUGUAUUAUUUUGUAUAUUAUUUAUAAGAUUUUUUUAAAUCGUUUCCGACGUCGUCGGCAUGUGUCAAUGAGAAUUAAAAAUAGAUUAUACAGAAUGGUUGUAUUUUUUCGAAAUGACAUAUUACUCAUUGUUGAUACUGAUAAAUGGCCUAGGAUUAAUAAUGGUUAAUGUGAUGAAAAUUUCCAUGUAAAAAUAUAAAUACUAUUGAAUAAGUAUAUCCGUAAUAGUAAAUCACCUCCUUUUGAAAUAAAGGAAUACCUCAGUUCUA